UGAAAUGCAGGAAUGAAAACCACACAUCCGUUUAGUAGUCUCAGAUGUGAUUAGAUGUACUUUGUCAUGUUUCUGUGCUACUGACUUAUUAAAACUUUAAAAGGGUAACCAGUUAAACAGCUAAUACCUGCAAAUUCGGUGCCGCUGGAAGACCUGGAACAUUACACGGAGAGAUUUUAUUACAGCAUAAUCACACCGCGGCAGAGCUUCAGCCUAGAUUUGUAUUUAUUUCUUUCAUCAAUAGCUGUUACCUGACCCUUUAUCUCCUGGGAUGGCGGACAAUCUUCCCACAGAGUUUGAUGUGGUUAUAAUAGGGACAGGUUUGCCUGAAUCUAUCCUUGCAGCUGCAUGUUCAAGAAGUGGACACAGGGUUCUGCAUGUUGAUUCAAGAAGUUACUAUGGAGGGAAUUGGGCUAGUUUCAGCUUUUCAGGAUUGCUGUCCUGGUUGAAGGAGUAUCAGCAAAACGGUGACACUGAGGAAGAGACUGCUGCUGCAUGGCAAGACUUGAUCCAUGAAACAGAAGAAGCCAUUGCUCUUUGCAAGAAGGAUGAGACCAUUCAGCACACAGAAGUUUUUUGUUAUGCCAGCCAAAAUUCAGGGGACAGUGUUCACGAGAUUGGUGCUCUGCAGAAAAAUGCCUCCUCAGUGGCAUCUAGUACCUUCACUGAACCUCUGCCUUCUGCAGAGUUGCCUGAAGAAAGGCACUCAUAUGUUACCAACAAUGAAAUGCCUGCUAAACAUGCCUCAGAAAGUGAUAGCAAGAUUUCAGUAGAAGAAGGUGAUGUAGAGGAAUCACCAGAGAAAGAAAAGUACUGUGGAGAUAAAACUUGUAUACAUCCAGGCUCAGAUGGAGAUAAGGUUGAAAACAAACCUAUAGUAGACGACGACAACAAUCAGCUGAAGAGAAAUGUGAUUACUUACCAUCAAAUGGUUCAAGAAAGCAGGAGAUUUAAUAUUGAUUUGGUGUCAAAGCUGCUGUAUUCUCAAGGAUCACUGAUUGAUCUUUUAAUCAAAUCAAAUGUUAGUCAUUAUGCAGAAUUUAAAAAUGUCACUAGGAUUCUUGCAUUUCGGGAAGGAAAGGUAGAACAGGUACCUUGUUCCAGAGCAGAUGUCUUUAAUAGCAAAGAACUCACUAUGGUUGAGAAAAGAGUGCUAAUGAAAUUUCUUACAUUCUGUUUAGACUAUGAACAGCAUCCUGGUGAAUACCAAGAUUUCCAGCAAUGUUUGUUUUCUGAGUUCUUAAAAACUAAAAAACUAACCCCCAACCUCCAACAUUUUAUACUACACUCAAUUGCAAUGACAUCGGAAUCAUCUUGUACUACAUUAGAUGGUCUUAAAGCAACAAAAAACUUCCUUCAGUGUCUUGGACGGUUUGGCAACACUCCCUUUUUAUUUCCUUUGUAUGGCCAAGGAGAAAUUCCUCAAUGUUUUUGCAGGAUGUGUGCAGUUUUUGGUGGAAUCUAUUGUCUUCGUCAUACAAUCCAAUGCCUUGUAGUUGACAAAGAAUCUAGAAGAUGUAAAGCCGUUAUAGAUCGCUUUGGUCAGAGAAUAAAUGCUGACUAUUUCAUUGUGGAGGAUAGUUACCUUAAUAAGGAAACAUGCUCAGAUGUGCAGUAUAAGCAGAUCUCAAGGGCAGUGCUUAUUACAGAUCAGUCUAUACUAAAGGCAGAUUCUGAUCAGCAGAUUUCCAUUUUGAUAGUGCCUCCAGUGGAACCAGGAGCUUCCUCUGUUCGGGUCAUAGAGUUAUGUUCAUCAACUAUGACAUGCAUGAAAGACACCUAUCUAGUACAUCUGACCUGUGAAUCUUCAAAAACAGCAAGAGAAGACUUAGAAUCAGUGGUAAAGAAAUUAUUCACCCCUCUUACUGAAACAGAAGUAGAUAAGGAAGAACUUAGAAAGCCAAGCCUCUUGUGGGCUCUUUAUUUUAAUAUGAGAGAUUCCUCAGGAGUCAGCAGAAGCUCAUAUUGUGGCCUACCUUGCAAUGUUUAUGUCUGCUCUGGGCCUGACUCUGGACUGGGAAGUGAGCACGCGGUCAAGCUAGCAGAAACAAUGUUCCAGGAGAUCUUUCCAAGUGAAGAAUUCUGCCCUCCUCCUCCAAAUCCAGAAGACAUUAUCUUUGAUGGUGAUGAUAAGCAAGCAGAUGCUCCUGGAACCCAUACUACAACAGUGGCCAACCUAGAAUCUCCUGAGGAAAGCAAAAAGCUAGAAAGCCCCCUUCAAAGCUAGAAAAUAGCAAACUGGAUAUUCACUUCAGCUUGGUGCCCAAGUAUUCUCAUUUGAAGGACCAUUUUCCCUAUGACUAAUUAGGAGUGGUUCUAUGAUGAGUGCUGUGCAUAUGUUGUCUUUAAGUCUUUUUGAGACAUUGGCUAUUGAAGAUGUUUGUAAAUCAGUAACUGAUUUAUUUGGUUAUUGGACUUUUUAUUUCAGAAUCAGCUCCAUAAUCCAGAAACUUAAAACAGGGUUACCUUUAUCUUAAUAUUGGGUACAUAUGUGAGAGUUCCAUAUUAGCAACUUUGCUUAAAGGAAUAUAAAACUGUUACCUGGUACUGAUCUUCAGAUUUUUGUCAUUGUCUACAGAAUAAUUAAUAAUAUAUAAGAAAUGCACUAGUUACUUUUGCAGCUAUUACAGUUGCUGCCACCUCUGAAUAGAGAAACAUAUAAAUACAUUAUGUGAAUCUUUUGUAUAUAAUAUGAAUAAUGUAAACUUGGUAGUGAGAAUAGCAACUAAUAAAAGUGCCAAUAUGAUAAAAAUACACUUGUCUGUAAUUGUUAAAAGAUAAAUUUUGCAAAGUCUUUAUUCUUUGUGAAGGCCUCGUGUUUAUAAUACAUUUUGCAGUUUAUUUUGCCUACUUAGCCCUUGUACCAAGUGAAAAAUAAGAUUAGUUUUAAAAAAUCUGUAGAACCCUGCUCUGACACCUGAAUGAAAAGAACUUCCAACAAGUAACUCUGGCAAAAAGAAAAAAAAAAGAUUAUCCUAGGAAAAUACUUCAGGAUGGUGGUUCUCAAAUUCCUAAAGAGAAACAGAAUGAAUCAUUUUUAACUUGGAAUUACAGAUAGUUUUUAAACCCUCUGUAAAAAGAUUUUCUCAUUUAAGCUUCCCCAGAAUGGAAUGUAACACCUGUUGGCUAUACUAGUUUAAUUAGCAACACUAACUUAGAGAAUGAAACAAAGUAGGAUUUAUGGUGCCCCUAAAGUUGUAGCUCACCAGACAAAUAGGUAACAGCAUUCAUAAUCACUUCUGCCUCUUGACAGUUGUCUAUAGAGAAUAGAAAUAUUUUUUUCCCCGUACAGCCACCAGAAAUCAUACACUUGCUGGUACUCCAGUGUCAAAAAGUUUCAGGACUAUCAAAAGAGGGGAACUUCUUCCUCAUUUAGUCCCAUUUCCAUAUAUCAGGAAGAAAAUAAUCCUUUAGGAAGAGACUCUUUCAUAGUUUUUGCUCUGGAAUGAAGCAUUUACUAUAUGCAAGGUACUUAAUAUUGUGUUUCCCAUAACAGUUUCUCGACAACACUAGGAAGCAGAUACGACAUACUUUCAAAGAGGAAAUGAAACUCAGUUAUUAAUUUGGUCAUUUUGCUGUGUGGAGAAGCCAACAUUGGGGCCUAACCUGGUCUUUCAUGAUCCCUAAACUUUUUAUGUUCACCAUUAUGAAAGUAGUUACUAUAAGAGAAGUAAAAGAUGCCUGGGAGAGUCAGAAUUUCAUUGUUGGGGAAAAAGUAGACAGAUGCUAAUUCUGUAGCAUAUUAUGGGAUCAAAGAAAUGUUGAAUUUACACUUAGAGCUGUGAAUCUUAAACAGUUUGGCUAGGUUUUAACAAAAUAAUUCUUUUUGGUAAUGUUUUUCAGUCUGAAGAUUGUGUUACAAAAAAUGUAAAUAUGCCAAGAUACAGUUUUAUUUUUCUUCCUCAGUAUAUGAGGAAAAUGAGACAAGACUGAUUCAAGUAAUAGCUUUUUGAAGGAAAAGUCAUAGUUUGGUAUUAACAUUGAUGUUUUAAAUAUAAUAAAGAGGUAUUGUUGGGUGGAUCUUAAAACUUAAACCUAUCAAAAUAACUGAAAUGUCUAACCUACAAAAUAGUAAUUAAAAUUUUUUAAAUCUCAAGAUAAAAAUAGGUGAAAGUAAUUCAGGCUUACUGAAAAGUUUUUCAGAAACAGAUUAUUUAUAAGAAAUUGAGAAAAGGAAUAAUGAGAAGUUGUAAAAGAUGGUAAAAUGGAAAUAAGAAAAAAGUAUUAGAUUAGGCCAAAAUAAAGAUUGUUUUAAAAACUAACAAAAUGAAUAUAUUAUUUCCUUAAAUCAAUGCAGAAAAAGUUGGAAAUGAGACAAGUUGUAACCAAUAAACAUGGAAGAAUUUUUGGGAUAUUAGGAUCCAGUGCAAUUUUCUGACAAAGUAGAAUUUAAUUCCAAUAAGCUUAUUGGUUAGCUUUUUGAGGUGUUUAUGGAAUAAAUAUAUAUCAUGAAAGAUGAUAUGGUACCAGUUGAAUAUGGGGGAAAAUACAGCUUCAGUACAAAAACCCAAACAUAAAAAUGUUCUUAUUCUGAACAAAGUGCAAAGUGAAAUGUUGACAAAUAAUACAACAACCAAAAGUUAUUUCCUGUGACUCACAAUUGUAAUACUGGUGUUUAGUAGAAUAAUAAUUACAUCAACAUCAGUAGGACAAAAUGGUAAAAAUUGAACGUAUUGAACUACAUUAACUUUUAAAAAAGUUAACAUUCAUCUUUGGUUUAAUUAGUGGUGGUAAUGAUUUCAUAGGCUACUCAUAAUGUGAUAAGUAAUUAAAAUUAAGAGCUGACAUAUUGGGAAAACAAACAUUUCUCAAACAGAAAUUAAGUAGUAUUGGCACCAUAGUUACAUAUGGUUGAAGAAAUGUAAUUGUGGUAAAAAUGUUUACAAAAUGAGAAAGGCAAAGCAGCAUAAAUAUUUUCUAUUUACAUGGCUUUAUAACUAGCUAAACAUAUUUAAAUGUAUUAACAGUAAAACACCAAUUCAGGAAUUUGCAGGAUAUGUAAGGUAAAAAUCUUGUUUCUAGAGUCCGGUGGUAAGUGCAGUUUAAAAAAUAUUAGAGUAUUUAUAAGCCAUUUAAGGAAAAUUAUGCAACUAUAUUAGGAUAAUUUAAGAAAGAUGCUUAAAUAGAAGCAGGUUGAAAGCUAAACUUGAAAUAUGAGAAUACUCUUCAUGAGAGACCUCCUAGUAUAAUGGACAAAUAGUAAAUGAAGAGUCCUUGCAUCACUUCUUACCUGUUCUCUAAUCUUGGGAAGAUGUUAGUUUCUGUUUCUCCAUCUAUAAAACUAAGAAUAUUUAACAAUUACUGUGAGGAUUAGACUGGGUAUAAAAACCACAUCCAGGUGAAUGCUAAUCUGUAACAUAGAUUUAUUAUAAUACUGCUUAACAUUCCAACAACGCUUUAUGCAGUUUGACAAUGGUGAUAAUUUAUCUAGAAAACUAAGGCAGAGAUACAAGUUUUUUUAAAUUUAGGUUUAAAAAAUAGGAACUUUACUUUCUGAAUCUUUAAAGCAUUCUGUUAAUCCUUAUUUUGUGGUGCUGAAUAGAAUGUAUAAGAUUAAUAAAGCAUUUGGAGAAAAGUAAUAAAAGUUAAUAGAAGGGCCAGCUGGAUCAAUGUGGAGAUAUUAGGUGUACUUUUCAUAUGAUAAUGCAUUUUAUUCCAAAUGAAUGAAAAUUUUAUAUGUAAAAGAAAAAAAAUAUUUUCAUCCUAAUAGUGCAAAGAAAUUUUAUGGCAAUGAAAAACAUUGACAAGAUAGAUCAUUUAAAAGAAUGAAAAAUGUAUACUAAAGAAGGAAUGGUGGAACAAAAAAGCUGUUUGGAUUUACAAGUGUUCAAUAUUUUUUUAAAGUAGAUGGAAAUCUUUAAGGUUUUGUACUCCUUAGUGGGCAGAUUUAUAGAGAGAAUACAAAUGCGAUGAUACAAGUAAAACUCAAUUCUUAGAUGAUAGUCAAAUGAACUAAUACUAAAGUGAAAAUGGAAACAACUUUGACCUAGUUCUUGCUGUUACAUUGAGUAAAAAUUUUUAAGCAUGCAUGUGUCUUUAUGCGAGAACCAUUGUAUAUUAGUAGUCAUUAAAAAGGGACGAAAAGAGUUCUAUGCCUGAUCUUUUGACAUACUCACUUUGAGUAGCAUAUAUUUACCCAGGAAAAUACUUAAAAGCUACCUGUACAAGUUUUUUUUAAAAGCCCAUCAGUUGAGAAAUGGAUCUUAGUGUGUUACUGUUGCUAUGGUGAACUGUUAUAUAGCCUUUAAAUAUUGAUAUAUGUUAAAUUGUAUGCAAAAAUAAAAUGUUAAUUAGAAUAUAAA